AUGCAACCCAUACCAAAUCGAAUGGGACUUGGUCUGCGUCCACCUUUGCCGUCGUACGGCCAGGGUCCCUCAAUAUCUGCUCUUGCACAGCAGCAGCAAAUGCAUUUUGUACCGCCGAAUCAGAAAUUCACAACAUUAUUCGUCGGGUCAAUAUCGGGAGGCAUUCAGGAUAGUUUUUUGAACCAAUUGCUUUCCGCUUGCGGUCCUAUCAAGUCUUUCAAGCGCCUAAUCACGCCUGCGAACAAGCCUCAAGGAUUUGGCUUUGCAGAGUUCGAGGAACCUGAGGGCGCUUUACGGGCUCUAGAAUUGCUCAACAACGUGGAAUUACCGGCGCUGGAAGACGGUUGUGCGAAUAAGAAGCUACUGGUCAAAGCAGAUGAAAAAACGCGCGGUUUCUUAGAUGCCUAUCAAUCGCAACGAAUGGCAACGGACACUGACGAAGCACGGCGGAAAGAAUCCAAAGCUAAAAUUGACGAGCUCGUCGACGAAAUUAAUAAGACAUCAGAAGAUGCUGCUAAUAGUGGUCUGAUUGACCGUGAAAAAUACGUGAUUCCGCCUCAUCUACAUGAUCUCCAGGAGGCCGAUCUACCAGAAACACAGCGAGGCCUGGUCAUCUCAGAAAUCGCACAGUUUCGCGAGAGGGCUGCGAAGCGUGAGCGGGAAAAGUUGCGAGAGGCUGCUUCUGGACCAUCAGGGGCGCCGAGUGGACCGAAAAUGCGAGAAUGGGGAAAGCCACAGCCCACAGCAUCAGCGCCACCGAAGCAGCAAGGGUUUGGCAAAGGUGCACAAGGCUACAGUAAACCAGUGGGAUUUGUCAAAGCAGGAGAGGAUAGAUCUUUGGAUGACUUGCGGGCUGCGCCUGGUAAAACAGCUAAGACCGACGAGGAGCUGGAGUUUGAGAGGAGGGAAGCACGGAAACGCGAAGAAGAGAUUUCGUUCCGAGACCGGGAACGACGGUACGAGCCUCGAGAGCGAACAAGGAUACUCGCUCUAGAACGCGCUAUUCAGCGUGAGAGAGCCACUAGGGAUGCAGAGGAACGAGAUAGGAUUGAAAUGCGAGCACGGCUAGACAUUUGGGACGACGAUGAGAGUGACGAGCUGUUCUAUGUUGAUAGGGCCCGAUGGCGGCAAGGUCGAGCACGUCGGCUGGAAGCAGAAGAGGCCGCCGAUGACAAAUCACGUCGGUUUGAAGAACAAGAGGCUGAGAACCUUCGACGAGAGUCGGAGGACUUCUUGGCGCGACAAAUGGACGAGAUGCAGGCCUUGGCUGAAGAGCAAAGGAAGGCAGGGCUAUUAUUGGAUGAUGGCGCUCCGGUGAAGCUCAACGUAUCACUGGCACCUGCGACUACGAAAGAGCCGGGGAACAAAGAGAAAGCAACCUUGUUCGUCCAAGAAGAAGAAGAUGACGAUGAAGUAAAGAAAAGGAAAGUUCCUCUUGUGAAGCUCGACUUUAGUGUCGCGGAGAGCAGUGAGCAGACUAGAGCAAGGUUGGAGAAGAUCAAGGAGUCCGUACCUCAUGAUAGAGAGACUUUGUUCAAGGCAAAGGUGCGCUGGGAUGGUCUGUCUGAUAUAAUGAUUGAUAGGAAGCUCGAACCACUUGUUAAACGUCUUAUGGUUAAAUAUCUUGGUGAGAUGGAAGAGGAAGAUCUAAUCAUGUUCGUUUUGGAGCAUCUCAAGGAUCAUAAAGGUCCGCAAAAGUUAGUUGAAGGUCUUGAACCUGUGCUGGAAGAAGAGGCCAUCGAGCUGGUUAUCAGUGUUUGGCGUCAAGUCAUCUUUGAGAGCAUGGCAUACGGCGAAGGUCUUCACAGCGAGAAAUUAUUCGUUGACUAG